CUCGCCAUCAGCAUCUCCAUCUCGCCAUCAGCAUCUCAUCUCGCCAUCAGAUCUCCAUCUCGCCAUCAGCAUCUCAUCUCGCCAUCCAGGUUACGCCAUUAGCCUCGACGCGCUACAAUCCCUACAACCCCAACCCCUACAACCCCUACAACCCCUACAAUCCCCCAACAAACUUACCAACUACAUCAAAACCACCAACACCACGUCAAAGUACGCCGCGCGGAAGUCACGGAAGACUACGGACGUUGGACAGCCAGCGACCCUUCAUGUCCCUGCCGUUAGCAGCCUGCGCGUGCGUGGCCUCCUCCAGUUCUAAUUACCAAAUAUCCCACGGCGAUUGAUCCAGCCCGUCCAACCAUAACGACCGUUCAGUCACCAGUCACGGAAAGUCCCAAAACUUCAAAAAAAAAGAAAAAAAUAAAAAUAAACAUCGUGAACUCUUUGUUUAUUUACUACUUCUACUUCCCUUUUCCCCCUUUUCCCUAACCCUUAUCCCCGUCGUCGACCAGAGCGAUAGAGUUUCCUCUCACACCACUCCACCCACUCCACUCCACACAACACACACAACCCCGCGCGAAUCUCACCUGCUGAGACCUGCACGCACCACCAACCAACCCGCUGCACGCACACGCCUCAAACUCAAUCGCUCACUUGCAGCUUCCCACCCGCCAUUGGCUUGGCUCGAUAACUACACACUUUUCGACUCUCCCUCCACGACCCCUCACUGGGCGCCCAGCAAAAAAGAAAAAGAAAAAGAAAAAGAAACCGAAAUAACACACACAACAUUCAUGCCCUCCGCCACGCCACGCCCGAGCGACCUGCCCCUGCGCCCGCGCCCCUCCCCCCCCGCCGCCGCCUCAAAGGCCUCCCCCGCCUCUCUCCCCGUCCACCCCCCCCACACCCCCAUGACCCGCACGAUCGCGGUCGUCAACUCGAGCGGGCGGCAAGCCGCGUCUCUGAUCCGCGUCGCGAGCGCCGUGGGCUAUCGCGUGCACGCGCAGCUGCGCAAUCUCGAGGGCAUCGUGGCGCAGGAGAUCGCCGCCUUGCCCAACGUCUCCAUCUUCGUCGGCGAGCUGGCGCCGCGCGUGGAUAAGGGGCGCGUUAAUACGGCGCUGAUCCGCGAGCUGUUCCAGGGCGCGCAGGUCGCUUUCAUUAAUACCACGUUCUGGGGGGAUGAGGUGGCUAUCGGGAUUGCCCUCGCCGAUGCCGCCAAGGAGGCGCAUAUCCAGCACUACAUCUACUCCUCGAUGCCGGACCACUCGCAGUGCUCCCCCUCCUGGCCCUCCCUCCCCCUCUGGGCCUCCAAAGCCCGCGUCGAGUCUUACAUCCGCUCCCUCGCCCUCCCCGCCACAUUCGUCGACACAGGGAUCUACAACAACAACUUCACCUCCCUCCCCUACCCCCUCUUCUGCAUGGCCCUCCAGCCCAACGGCUCCUUCACCUGGCGCGCACCCUUCCACCCUGACGCCCCGCUCCCUUGGUUAGACGCUGAACACGACGUCGGACCCGCUGUGCUACAACUCCUCAAGAACGGACCCCCGGCCCCUGGAUCCCCGCCCAACAGAAUUGCACUAGCAUACGAGCGGCUCUCCCCCCGCGAAGCCUGCCGUGCCUUCUCCCGCGCCCUCCGCAGACCAGUACGCUACGAGCGCGGCCCCAUCGAAAUCGCCGUCUCCAUCCCCAGCGGGUAUGCGAGACAGCUUCGCGCCUUAGAACAGCUCUUCUCGAUGGGUGGACCGGAUGCGGAAGCGCAGCCGCCGUAUUUUGGGGAUCUGGCGCAGGAGGAGAGUGUGCCCGCUGCCGCGAUGGGGUUGUGGGAGGGGUAUAGGGGGUUGGAGGAGUAUGCGAGGGAGGUUUUCCCGCUGGAGGAGGCGGCGAAUGGGUUGACGUGGAUGCAUGAGCCGGUGGAGAGGGUGGAGAGGGGGGUGGAGGGGGAGGAUGAGAGUGAUGAUGAGGAGGAGGGGUUGAUGAUGGGGAAGAGGAGGCAGGAGGAGUGGCUUGCUUGA